GUUAAUAUUUGUCGGCGAGGGCUCUGAUGUGGACACCGGUUGAUAUUAAAUCUUUGGUAUUUAAAAAAGAACUUUGGAUCUGAAGUGAAAUUUUUAAGAAAUAUAUACUAAAAUAUCGAAAAUUGUUAUAUAGAAUACAAUUCAAUAAAAAAGUAAAAAACGCUUUUACCACAAUGUCGUUUGCAAAUCAUAUUCGUCAUGCGUUGAAAAACUUGGGUUCAUUGAGUACGUACCAAUUCGCACGUAGGACAAAUAAACGUAAUGUGCGAGGUUUUCUUAUCGGUACCGGUCUUACAACUUUUGUAACAAUAUCGGUCGCACAAAUGGAAAGCGGUCGUAGACGUAAAUUAAAUACCUCGGUGUUUAUGGCAGAGCCAAUAACUAAUGCAGAGGAUUUAUUAAUUAACGAAGAUGAUAUGAAAACUAAAAUGGAACUAAUGAUUAUGAAGAUUCAGGCUGAUUUCUGUAAAGCUUUGGAAGCAGAAGAAUAUGCGGGUCAAAAGUUUAAAGUUGAUAGAUGGUUACGCAAAGAAGGAGGAGGUGGUAUCACCUGUGUUCUUCAGGACGGAGAAGUUUUUGAAAAGGCUGGAGUAAAUAUAUCAGUGGUAAAAGGCAACUUACCACCACAAGCAGUCCAGCAGAUGCGUAGUCGUGGUAAAAAUUUAAGCGAAGGAUCUUCAUUGCCAUUUUUUGCAGCUGGCGUAAGUGCUGUUAUACAUCCGCGUAAUCCAAUGGUCCCUACAAUACACUUUAACUAUCGCUACUUUGAGGUUAUCAAUAAUGAUGGUUCAAAACAAUGGUGGUUUGGUGGUGGUACUGAUUUAACUCCAUACUACUUAGACGAAUCUGAUGUUGUCCACUUCCACAAGACUCUGAAGGGUGCUUGCGAUCAAAAUGACAUAGAAUAUUAUCCCAAAUUUAAGAAAUGGUGUGAUGAUUAUUUCCGUAUAACUCACCGAAAUGAAAGCAGAGGUGUUGGUGGUAUUUUCUUCGAUGACAUUGAUACACCCAGUCCGACAGAGGCUUUCAAAUUUGUCACAGAUUGUGCUGAAGCGGUAAUACCAUCUUACCUGCCGAUUGUACGCCGCCACAAAAAUGAUGAAUAUGGCGACAGAGAACGUCAGUGGCAAUUGUUGCGUCGUGGUCGUUAUGUGGAAUUUAAUUUGAUCUAUGAUCGCGGUACAAAGUUUGGUCUUUAUACACCCGGAGCUCGGUAUGAAAGUAUUUUAAUGUCACUGCCGUUAACAGCCCGAUGGGAAUAUAUGCAUACACCCUCUGCAAAUUCAAACGAAAGUAAAUUAAUGGACGUUUUAAAGAAUCCAAGAGAUUGGAUUAAAUCUGAUGUUACUGCUAUAGCUGCCUGAAGUUAUUCCAUUUGAAAAUGGAUGUAAAUUAAAACACAGGAUCAUUGAAUGCUGCCCAUAAUUGUUAUACCUAUUUAUAUUGGUUAAGUGCUGUUUAUUUGCAUAAGUUUUAAAUUUAUAUACGUAGUUAAAUACGAAACAUUUGUCAUGUCAUUUAGUAGGUAAUGUAAACAAAGUAAAAUACAUUAUUUUAAAAAUUUGUGUGUUUUUUAGCAACGUAUAGAGCAAUAUAGUUCACCAUGAUGAAAUUGUUAUUACAUUAUAAAGCUUACUAAAUUUAUUUAGUAACACAUUGUUUAUAAUUAUGUACAUACAAAUGGACGAAUUUGUUAUUUGUUUGAUAAUAAAAAUAAUUUUUUUAGUAA